CUCUUUAUAGUGUGUGCGCGCGAGUCGACCGCACGCGCGCUAUUCACGUUCCAUCUAAAUUUCGGUGCAGGCAACUCGAUAAUAAAUAUAUUCAUUUUUUUUUUCAAAUAAUAUACCGUUCUAUCGUUGGAAGUGACCAUGAGUUGGGGCCAGGAGCGCGACAGGUCCGGGGACAAGCUGGAGAUAAACGAGGCCGUCGGAAAACUCGUGAAAAUAUUUGACUACGAUACAAUACUGCCGCAACCAACGAAAGGUGGUGGGUGUAUGCGUCGUCCACACGUCAAGAGACCGAUGAAUGCAUUCAUGGUGUUCGCGCAAGCGAUGCGCCGCCGUUUGUCGGCCGAACGACCCUCCCUGCACAACGCCGAACUCAGCAAAUCAUUAGGAUCCAUGUGGAAAAAUUUAAGCGAAGAGGAGAAGCUGCCUUUCAUUAAAGAAGCAGAUAAGUUACGAACGCAACAUAAAAAACAGCACCCGGAUUACAAAUACCAGCCUCGACGUCGGAAGCCGCCGCUAGCUUCAGCUUCAACCCCGAGAGUCAAACGGGAAUCAUCUCCUGAUCGAAACCACAUAGAUUUCUCGGGCAUGCCGGAAAUAUCCGCUGCUUUACUAAUGGACGGCCCACCGGACGGUACCGAAUUAGACCAGUACCUCGAGCCCAGACCGGUGCCAAAUUACCACGAGCUACAACCUCGAUACGGAACGCAUACACUAACGCACCACGUACCGCCACCUCUAUACGGUCCGGUACCGUCCCAUCUCCACCCGCCCUGUAUUGAUUGCCCACAUUACGUUGAUCACCCCUAAGCCUUUUAGUAAAUUCAAUCAUCGGAACUCGAUCAGUGAACGGUGAUAAUAUCUGCGAAUAUUGUGGGCUGAUAAACUAUAUCAAGCCCGUCCAAGACUUUUUGUUAAGUUGUAAAAUAGGUCACGUAAGCUGUAUAUAAUAUAAGUAGAUCUAUUUCGCCAUACGGUUCCUUCGCGCGCACGUGCGUUUAAUCUAGUACUAAAUAAACAUACGGGACUUGCAAUGAAUUAUCAUUUCGAGUGUAAUAAUAAUAAGAAGUUUUUGUGCGAUUCGUGACUUCUAACCGCCGCUACAAAUAUUUUGAAUCAACAUUACGCUUGGCACUGAGGAAUUACUUAUUACUAGUGGUAGGACCACUUGUGAGUCCGCACGGAUAGGUACCACUGCCCUGCCUAUUUCUGCCGUGAAGCAGUAAUGCGUUUCGGUUUGAAGGGUGGGGCAGCCGCUGUAACAAUACUGAGACUUUAGAACUUAUAUCUCAAAGUGGAUGGCGCGUAUACGUUGUAGAUGUCUAUGGGCUCCAGUAACCACUUAACACCAGGUGGGCUGUGAGCUCGUCUACCCAUCUAAGCAA